GUUGUUGCGAAUAAUAAGGACGAUUAAAUUAUUCAGCCAUGUCGCAUGGACAUUCGCACGGUGCUGGUUGUGGCCAUGAAGCGUUGGGUAUUGAAAACGAGCUAGAAAUAGGUAUACAUUACAGCUUGUACGAGAAAAUAGACAUGAACAAUGUGGAGUGCUUGAACGAAGAGCUUGAAGGAUCCGGAAAAACUGUAUUCAAACCGUAUAAUGAACGCUUGAGUCAUGAUAAGUUCGUCAAGAGCGAUGCCGACGAGGAGCUGCUUUUCAAUAUACCUUUCACUGGUAAUGUGAAAUUGAAAGGCAUCAUCAUCAUCGGUGCGGACGAUGAAACACAUCCAAAGAAAAUGCGCCUAUUUAAAAAUCGUCCAAAGAUGACAUUCGACGAUACAUCUGCAACAGCCGAUCAAGAAUUUGCAUUGGAGAAGGAUGCAAAUGGUGUGAUUGAAUACUCCACCAAAGUGGUAACGUUUGCCAACGUACAUCAUCUUUCUCUACAUAUUCCUAGCAAUUAUGGAAGCGAUAAUACGACCGUAUAUUACAUAGGAUUGAAAGGUGAAUUUAGUGAAGUACAUCAUCACGGUGUGACUAUUUGCACGUAUGAGGCAAGACCCAACAUUUCGGACCAUAAAAAUAAUGUGUUUGAUUCUGUGAAUCAUCAAGUUCAGUAA